UAAUGAAAAAUAGCCGUUACCUUUGCCUUUUUCUUCACUUUAAAUCCCACAUCUCUCUGUUUCUUUUCUCAGAGACCCAAAAGAUCACUCUUCUUCAUCAUCAGUUUGGUUUCAGGCUUUCAGCACAGCUAGUCAGUAGGAAAACUUAGUACUAUAACAGCUCUCUAUGGCUAAAGCAGCUGUCUCUCUGUUGCUCCUGCUCUUGUCCUUCACUUCAGAAACAUUGCUCAUGGUAAAUGGACAGAAAACUUGGUGUGUGGCAAAGCCUUCAUCAGACCAAGCAACACUUCUAGCGAAUCUAAAUUACGCGUGCUCUCACGUAGAUUGCCAGAUACUUCGAAAGGGAUGCCCCUGCUCCUCUCCAGAUAACCUCAUCAAUCAUGCCUCUAUAGCCAUGAAUCAAUACUACCGAGCUAAGGGGAACAACCAGUGGAACUGUGAUUUUAGGGGCUCUGCCCUCAUUGUCAUGACUGAUCCAAGUUAUGGUGACUGUAUAUAUGCAUAAUUCCCCAGUACAAGAGAGUGCAUGCAUGUGCUUCUUCCAAACAAAAGAAAAAAAACUCUUGAGUGUAUUCUGUUUGUUUGUAGAAUUUAGCAUUCAGUAUUACCCUAUAUGCAAUAUGGGUACGGCUGUCAAAUUUUCAGUUUACCUCAAUUCAAUAAAAUUUUAAAUGUUUGCUCUCUUUUAAUUAAAAAAAAGGGGGAACAAUAAGUUUGUAACUCAAGUAGUGGUCGAGAGUAUUUACCUUGGUACAUGGCA